GUCAGCUGCUUGCUUGCUGUUUCGUGUCGCGCUUCUUGCCCGCUUUCAAUGUUUUCCGUUUUAUUUUGUUAUUUCUGUGAUGCAAACUAGAAUUUUGACAAAAAUACCUGUUUUAUAUGUUUGUGAAUGUAAUAGUGCAAUGCAAUAGUGAUCCCGCCAGCAAAAAUUCAGAUGAAACAAGAUAUUGGCUCGGAGUCAUAUCAUUUUAAAGAAGCUCUCUUAUAAAGUUGAGCCGCACCGCACCACGGCUUGUCCGCCGCCGCCGAGCCGCUAACCCUGCUUACCGCGCCCCGCGCCCCGCAUUACGACCGCCGCCAUGCUCGCGCACCACGCACCGCUCGCCCUCCACUAAACUCGACCGCGACCUUCGACAUCUACAUCGACAUACACAUCGAUACCGUACCGACGCGUGUGAUAAUAAUUUAAUACUCGCCUAAAUAAGCUUGCAAAGUCGGUGUCCAGUUCUAACGCGACUAAGAUUAUUACUAAGUACUUUUGGUGCGGAGCGCAUUUCUUUCGAAGCGGUGUCCUUUGUCUCGCGACCUCGUGCCCAGUGAGUGCCGCUGCAGCCCACGGCGCACGGCAGCGCCACCGGCCGGGAAGUGUAUGCCCGCAGCGUCGGGCGUGCUCGUACCGCGGCUUAUGCACCGCGCCCGCUCGGUGUAACUGAGUGUGCGACUCCCGCUCGCCGACCCCGACCGUAGAGACAACGAUGGCAACCAUGGUGAACAUGAAUAACCUCCUCAAUGGCAAGGACUCACGCUGGCUACAGCUCGAAGUGUGCCGGGAGUUCCAACGGAAUAAGUGCUCGCGGCCUGAUACCGAGUGCAAGUUCGCUCACCCCCCGGCCACCGUCGAAGUGCAGAACGGAAGAGUUACCGCCUGCUACGAUAGUAUUAAGGGUCGGUGUAACCGCGAGAAGCCGCCCUGCAAGUACUUCCACCCGCCGCAGCACCUUAAGGACCAGCUGCUCAUCAACGGGCGGAACCACCUCGCGCUGAAGAACGCCCUCAUGCAGCAGAUGGGCCUCACCCCCGGCCAGGUGCUGCCCGGCCAGGUGCCGGCAGUGGUUGGUGGCGUGAGCGGCGCGGGCGCGGCCGCGGGCCACCUCGCCGCGCUGGACCCUAUCAGCCUCGCCAUGCUCGCUCCGCAGGUAACCGCCGCCGAGCGCCUCGCAGUGCCGCCGGCUACCGAGCGCCACCACCUUCCCGUCUAUCACUCUUGUUACUGUGUUGCGCAGGCGACGUCGCCGUACCUGUCCGGCGUGCCGGGCGUGGGAUCGACGUACGCGCAGUACUACGCGCCUCAGCUGGUGCCCGCCAUGCUGGGCCACGACCCUGCUGCCGCGGCCGCCUCGCCCCUCGGCGUCAUGCAGCAGCCCGUACUGCAGCAGAAGCUGCCGCGCACCGACCGUCUCGAGACGGCCGCCGCAGCGCAGCAGCCGGCGGCGAGCGCGACCUCGGAGCCCGGCAAGAAGCGGCCGGCACCCGCCGAUCACGAGCCGCCACCGAUGGACAUGAAAAGCGUUGGAUCCUUCUAUUACGAUAACUUUGCAUUCCCUGGCGUGGUGCCGUACAAGCGACCCGCCGCGGAUAAGGCCGGCGUACCGGUCUACCAGCCGGCGACCACGUACCAGCAACUGAUGCAACUGCAGCAACCGUUCGUGCCCGUGUCAUGCUGUGCGCCGCCAAACGCGCCCUAUGUGGUGUACACGGACGAGCGCGGACAGUUACUGGACACCCUCCCGGUGUGCCAAGAUUUUAAUCGACAAGGAUGUACCAGACCCACCUGCAGAUUUGUUCAUAUUCGUGAAGGGUGCGGGCUGCAGGUGGUGGGGUGCCGCGUGGUGGUGUGCCGCGACGCCGCCGCAGGCACGUGCCGCCGCGCCGCCUGCCGCUACUACCACAUCCCCGUUCAACUGCCGCCAGCCCUGCGGCCCCCCUAACCUCAUCUCUAGCCCCACCUCGCUGAUCCCUACCACGCACCCACACCCUACAUCCAAUACCCCCCACAUACACCAUCCGCAUUAAGCAUCGUCCAUUCCUCGUCGCGGCUCCCCGAUCCUCUCUCCAGUCCCGGUCCACGGGCCGCAUCGUCCAUGUCGAUCGCGCCUCUGACACAGUCCGGCUGCUCAUUGAGCGCCGCGACUAGCGCAGCCGGCGGGGGCGGGGCGCGCCCGCUCUGUGCGCCGCGCCGCGCCUCCGCCGUGCUCCCCGCGCCCGGUCGGCUUCGGGAAACAGUGUGUACAUAUGUAGCGGGAUAUGGUUCUCAGGCACGGUCAUGCGAUUGUGAUAUGAAUAGGUUUCGAGACCCCGGAGCCGUUUAAAUAAUUUUAUGAAGAUCGUCAAAUAGUAGUUAGUGAGGUUUCAAAUGUUUUAUUACUAUUGUAUAUUAUUUUUUUAAAGAUAUGAUAUGAGUUCCUGUAAAAGUCGGUGCGAGCGCUUCUCGGCGCCGCAACCUUAUUGUAUAUAAGCGCGACGUACUCUGUGGGUGGUGCCCCCCGCACUCGUCACCGGUGGCAUCACCCCACUCCUAAAGUGAGCAUUUUUCGUGAGAAUUAUCUUAAUUUUAAUAUACGUUAUUAUAAUUUUGUUUUUAUAGAUGACAAGUUUUACACUAGUUUAGAUUAAGUGGAACAGUAAUGAAUCACCAAUAGAGUAGCCGCUUUCUCCUUUGGCACAGACCGCGACGCCGGAGCGCGGCGCUCGCCUCGCGCCGGCUCGCGUUGCGUAGAAUCGCUCGCGUUUCGGUUAUGUGCGUUGCGGUUGUAACACAACACGUGAUAUGAACGUCGGUAUAAUAUCUAUGUAAGAAUGAAUUAUUUGAAAGGAGGUAAAGCGCGAGAGAUUGUAUCGGAAGGCGGCGUAGGUCGAGUGGUUACGGGCGUGCGUACCGGCGCCGGCGCCGUGACGCGUUGCGUCGUUCAGUUUUCUCACGUUAGCGUAGAUCACGACACUCGUAGAGUGGUAGUGGCCAACAUUCGGCAUACGGUGAACGUUAUCGGACAAUAUGAAACGAUGAAAGCAUACUUCCAAGCUAUUUAUCUACUUAAAUAGGAUAGAAACAACGUCGGCUUUUAUUCCAGAUAGAUUUUGCUAGAUACUCAUUCUUUUCUGAUCGAUCCCAGUCUAUCGAAGCACAAACUAAUGACCGAGUAACGAGUCCGACAUACCUAUAGAUCAGUUGAGAGCGUAUUAAGAAUAGCUGCGUGUAUUGUUUCCGAGGAGAACAGUAUUAAGAUUAGGUGGACGCGUGCAGAGGCGACAGCGCGUAUGCGGCGAGCGGCGAGCGAGAGAGGCGGCCCCGCGCCGGCGCUGGGCGCUAGGCGCGGCCGCGGCGGCCACGGGGCAUGGAAGCCGAUGCCUAAUAAUAUUCCUAGUCCAUAUCCUUUUGUUGAUCAGUCAUGCGAUUAAUGUUAGAAUAAAAUAUUAAUAAUUUGAUUUAUUCCUCCCAUUUAGUGGAUAUUUUGAUAAUGAUAUAUUAAUAAUGAGAAUAUUUAAGAUACAUAAUACAUAUUUGAUUCUAAAUCCUGAUAAAGUGACACUACGUUAGUAAUUUAGUCGGAGGGAUACUUGUGCCGUGAUUAUAUUUUUAGGUAUAUAUUAUAAAGUAAUUCCUAGCGUCGGAAUUAAAGAAGUGAUUAAUGUGUAAGCGCGUUAUAUUUAUUGUCGUAUCGUGUAAGUGGAAUGCCAUAUCGAUAAAAGAAGAAUAGCGGAGGCGGAGUGAAACUCGGAGGUAGAAGGAGGGUGGGUCGUGUAGUUGUGAGCUCGUGAGCUCGUGAGGCGCAGGAGCGGCCCGCGCCGCGCGGGGCCCGGGACGGUUCGCUUUUAUCAAUACGGCAGCGACUCAUAAAACUAUAAGUUGUCAUUUUUAUUUUUGUUGAAAUUUAUCGUUUACUCGAUUAUUUGUUGACUUUUAAUUUUUUAAACAAAAUUUUAUGAUCUGACGCAUUUAUUGUAAGACAAUCGAUUACUUUUAUAAUUAAUUAGUGUGAUAAUUAUAAUGAUGGCAUUGACUGCCGCUGUGAAAGAAUGAAACAUCGAAAGUAUCCUUCCUGUUUAGAAGGGACUCUUCAGACCCAAGGUUUCUAGUGGAUUUAUAUUUUUCUUUUGUUGUAUUUUUAAUGUUGCGUGUGUCUUACACAUAGUAUAUUUCAUUUUUGUGAUAUUUUUAACUAUAAAGUACUGUUAUUAUAAACCCAUGUGGAAUAAUGAUGACCUAAUUAAAUAAUCAAGAAUUUAUUUGUAAAUCACAAAAAAAAAUGUAAAACUGUAAAUAUAUAAACAAAAAAAUGAACAGCAACACAAUAUUGGUAAUGUAAUGUAAUGUAAUGAAUGACGUCUGUCAUCGCGUACACUGUAAGUUGUUUGCGUUCUCGUACCGUAAUGUAACGUAACGUAAGUAAUGUAUCGUCGUAUUGUUGUUGUAGUAGGUGCAGUCUACUGAAGGUGAACCGGUCCAGUGAACAAACUAUUGAUUAUAUUGUGAACCUUUUUUUAUUCACGAGCAAUCACAGAAAGUACAUGACAUUGUAAUAUUAUUUAUGAAAUUACUAUGUGAUGUGAUCUUCGGAUCAAUUUUGAGUACAGUAUAGAUAAUAAACAACUGAAUAUGUGA